AUGAUUUCUGGCGGUCCUGAUGAUAGGCUGGACAUGUUUGCUGAUGGUCCUGAUGGUGCUCAUAUUCGGUUGGACAUGAUUUCUGACGGUCCUCAUGGUCGGUUGGACAUGAUUUCUGGCGGUCCUGAUGGUCGGUUGGACAUUUUUCCUGGCGGUCCUGAUGGUCGGUUGGACAUAAUUUCUGACGGUCCUCAUGGUCGGUUGGACAUAAUUUCUGACGAUUCUCAUGGUCGAUUGGACAUGAUUUCUGGCGGUCCUGAUGGUCGGCUGGACAUGAUUUCUGGCGGUCCUGAUGGUCGGCUAGACAUGUUUGCUGGCGGUCCUGAUGGUCGGUUGGACAUUUUUCCUGGCGGUCCUGAUGGUCGGCUGGACAUGAUUUCUGGUGAUCCUGAUGGUCGGCUGGACAUGAUUUCUGGCGGUCCUGAUGGUCGGCUAGACAUGUUUGCUGGCGGUCCUGAUGGUCGGUUGGACAUUUUUCCUGGCGGUCCUGAUGGUCGGCUGGACAUGAUUUCUGGUGAUCCUGAUGGUCGGCUGGACAUGAUUUCUGACGGUCCUCAUGGUCGGUUGGACAUGAUUUCUGGCGGUCCUGAUGGUCGGCUGGACAUUUUUCCUGGCGGUCCUGAUGGUCGGCUGGACAUGAUUUCUGGCGGUCCUGAUGGUCGGUUGGACAUGAUUUCUGGUGAUCCUGAUGGUCGGCUGGACAUAAUUUCUGACGGUCCUCAUGGUCGGUUGGACAUGAUUUCUGACGGUCCUGAUGGUCGGUUGGACAUUUUUCCUGGCGGUCCUAAUGGUCGGCUGGACAUGAUUUCUGACGGUCCUCAUGGUCGGUUGGACAUAAUUUCUGGCGGUCCUCAUGGUCGGUUGGACAUUUUUCCUGGCGGUCCUGAUGGUCGGCUGGACAUGAUUUCUGGUGAUCCUGAUGGUCGGCUGGACAUGAUUUCUGACGGUCCUGAUGGUCGGCUGGACAUUUUUCCUGGCGGUCCUGAUGGUCGGCUGGACAUGAUUUCUGGUGAUCCUGAUGGUCGGCUGGACAUGAUUUCUGACGGUCCUGAUGGUCGGUUGGACAUUUUUCCUGGCGGUCCUGAUGGUCGGCUGGACAUGAUUUCUGGUGAUCCUCAUGGUCGGUUGGACAUGAUUUCUGGCGGUCCUGAUGGUCGGCUGGACAUUUUUCCUGGCGGUCCUGAUGGUCGGCUGGACAUGAUUUCUGGCGGUCCUGAUGGUCGGUUGGACAUUUUUCCUGGCGGUCCUGAUGGUCGGUUGGACAUGAUUUCUGGCGGUCCUGAUGGUCGGCUGGACAUGAUUUCUGACGGUCCUCAUGGUCGGUUGGACAUGAUUUCUGACGGUCCUGAUGGUCGGCUGGACAUUUUUCCUGGCGGUCCUGAUGGUCGGCUGGACAUGAUUUCUGGCGGUCCUGAUGGUCGGUUGGACAUUUUUCCUGGCGGUCCUGAUGGUCGGUUGGACAUGAUUUCUGACGGUCCUCAUGGUCGGCUGGACAUGAUUUCUGACGGUCCUCAUGGUCGGUUGGACAUGAUUUCUGACGGUCCUGAUGGUCGGCUGGACAUUUUUCCUGGCGGUCCUGAUGGUCGGCUGGACAUGAUUGCUGGCGGUCCUGAUGGUCGGUUGGACAUUUUUCCUGGCGGUCCUGAUGGUCGGCUGGACAUGAUUUCUGGUGAUCCUGAUGGUCGGCUGGACAUGAUUUCUGACGGUCCUCAUGGUCGGCUAGACGUGGUUUCCUGGCGGGCCUGA